AUGAAUAUUAAAGUAUUAAUGCGAUGGUUGUAUGAAAAAAUAUUGAUUUAUAAUCUUUUCAUACCUGAAGACAAUGAAGAGAUAAAUCAUACACCAACAACUAUUCAACAUCAAAGAUAUGCAACUAGACUUUAUAUUCUUCUACUCAUAUCGUCUACGUACGUUAUCUUCUUCACAGUUUUUGUCAAUCCAGAAACUGAAAUAGUAACAAUUUCGGAUAUUACUCCAUCUUUAUUCGAUCAACUUCGAGUUGAACAUGGUGAAACACUUUCAUGUCCAUGUUCAACAACUAUCAUAUCCUAUGAAAACUUUGUUCUCAAUACUUUAACAACAGAUCCUAUUUGUUCAAGUACUUUUGUUAGUAAACAAUGGAUACAAUCACUCUAUAUAGCAUAUGCCAGUUCUUUUCUUAUGAUGGACUUUCGAACAACAGCUUAUUCACAAUUUGAAUUACUUGCUGCAUUUUGUUCAUUUGCUCAAGAAUUUGUUUCUCAAGUUCUUACUAAUAUUUAUCAACAACAAUUGCUCAUCAUUGAACUUCUUGUAGAAGAUGAAGUUCGAUCUCAAGUAAUUGAAAAUAUAAAACUUAUUCGAGCGAGUACAUAUGUACAAAUAAGUUCCUCUUUAAAUUUCAUGCAAAUAAUAACUCAAUCCAAUUCGUUGAUCUCUGCUUUAAAUACAAAUGCACAUUUGUCAAUAACUACGGGGGACGUGUUCAUACCUGCGAUGGAUGAUAAUCAAACAUUUUUCUUAUCUAUAAGUCCAACAAUUUACUAUCGCAAGAAUAUGCCCUUGUUCGUUUAUCAGAGAGACAUAGACAGUUGCAAUUUAGUGAACUCACUUGUACCUAGUGGUUUCUAUUCAAUACCAUAUGGAUUUCGUGAUGGUUAUGAAGAGUAUUGGCCUGAUACUCCCUUGUCUUUUACUUCUCCUAACAUUUCUGCCGUUGUCGAUGGAUUUUUAAGUGGUUGUACUACAUUUGAUGGUCUUCUUACUAGUACACUCGAUUGUUUAUACAGUAACAAAUGUCUUGAACAACUAAUAAAUUAUUUUCCAAAUCUAAACCAAACAAAUUUUAAUUUUACCGAUCCUCUUCUAUUAUCAAAUCGUCAAAAUAUUUCUUUAUACGACCGUUUAACUAAUCUCUUUAUUGAAGACUGGUCACCAACAAUCAAUUAUUCCAACUAUUUUACUAAUUGUGCACCUCUUCUCUGCACAUAUACUACAACUGAUCAAAACAGUUUAUCCUAUACUAUUAUUUUCUUACUUGGUCUUUAUGGUGGUUUAACUAUCAUGUUUCGUUUAAUUGCACCUGCUUUAGUUCGUAACUUAUUAAUAUUUAGAAUUAAGUUAGUAUCAAUUCGAGAAAUUUUUCAAUGGAUUAGACAAAUUAACCUAUUCAAAUCAUCUGCUGAUCAAAAUAUCAAUGCAACUAAAAAACAAUAUCUGAUUACUCGUGUCUAUUUGAUUUUACUUGCAGGUUCUAUUUUAACUCUUCUUCUAUUCACUUCUUUGAGUACACAUAUCACUACAAUGACUAUAUCAAAUCCAUCAAUAGAUAUCUAUAGAAAUUUACAAGAUAUACAUCAGGAUACACUAAAAUGUCCAUGUUCGACUACAACAAUACCAUAUGAAACAUUUAUUUCAUUAUCUCCAAUUUUUCAUCAAGUAUGUUCAAGUGA